GUUAAUUUCCUUGACAUAUAUUCUCACUCUUUUCAUCUUCUUUCCUUUUUCCUGACUUUGAAACUUUGUAAUAAGCCGACUUUAACCUUUUACUUUUGUAUUAUUCUUAUUUAAAAUGAGCAAAGGUUACGGUGGUGAUUAUGCGGGGGGGCAGGGUUAUUACGGUAAUCAAGGAGGGUAUCCACAACAACCAUAUGGUCAACAGCAACAAUACGGGCAACAAUACGGACAGCAAUAUGAACAGCAAUACGGACAGCAACAAGGUUAUGGUCAACCAGCUCAACCAGCGUAUACAAAUUAUGGUCAACAGCAACAAAAUUAUAAUCAACAAUAUAAUCAGCCAAAUGUUGGUUAUUCUCAACAGAAUAUCGAAAUGACUCAAGUCAAUUCCGAUAUAUCAAAUUUGAAUGCGUUUUUUCAGGAGGUUUCGUCAAUUUCAGAUGUGAUUCGUCAAAUAAAAGACAACAUUAACCGUGUUGAUGAAUUACAUUCACGCUCCUUGGGCGUAAUUAAUGAGGAUGAAGCCAAUAAACGCCAGCUUGAUUCAAUUGUUUCCGAAACACGUCAACUUCUUGUCCAAGUAAAAGAUAGAAUCAAAAAAAUAGAGGUUUCAAAUCUAAAAGUAAAUCCUGGGGAUCUUACAGUUCGGAAACCACAGACAGCUAAUCUACGUCAAAAAUUUAUGGAUACCUUACAAGAAUAUCAAAAAGUUGAGUUUCAAAAUCGUCAGAAAUAUAGAGAUCGCAUGGAAAGACAAUAUAAAAUUGUUAAACCCAGCGCUUCACAAGAAGAAAUUGAUGAAGCAUUAGAUAAUGAUGAUGGAGGACAAAUUUUCGCUCAAUCGCUCAUGAACUCUACAAGGUAUGGUGCAGCAAAAGAUGCUUUACAAGAAGUACAAAAACGACACGAUGAUAUCAAAAAGAUUGAAAGAACCAUCGAAGAACUUGCAAAUCUCUUCCAAGAAAUGCAAAUUCUUGUUGAAGCUCAAGAUACAACAAUAACUCAAAUCGAAGAACAUGCAACUCAAGUUCAAACAAAUAUGGAGCAAGGUGUUGUUCAUGUAGAGAAGGCUUUAGAGAGUGCAAAAGCUGCAAGAAGAAAAAAAUGGUAUUGCCUCUUUAUUACAAUCGUUCUCUUAGCAGUAGUAGCCGCAUUAGUAUACUAUUUUUUCAUUAGAAAAAAAUAAUCAGAAAUAAUUGUAACAGUAUGAUAAGUGCGAUGCAUUUCAUUGGUAUAUUGUCUACCAAUAUCAAGCAGACCAA